GAACUGAGAGAGAUGGCGGAGGUCCCCAAGAUUGAACUUUUCAUCAAGGCCAGUGAUGAUGGGGAGAGCGUGGGGAACUGUCCCUUCUGUCAGCGACUCUUUAUGAUCCUCUGGCUGAAGGGGGCCAACUUCACUCUCACCACAGUGGACAUGAAGAGGGCUCCAGAGGUGCUGAAGGACCUGGCCCCAGGUUCUCAGCCCCCGUUCCUCAUCUUCGGGGAGGAGGUGCGCACUGACACCAACAAGAUCGAGGAGUUUCUAGAGGAGGCCCUGGCUCCUCCACCGUACCCCAAGCUCUGUUGUCGCUACAAGGAGUCCAACGGUGCUGGAGAUGACAUCUUCCACAAGUUCUCUGCAUACAUCAAGAACCCUAACCCUGGCCUCAAUGAUAUGCUGGAGAAGAAGUUUCUGAAGAGCCUGAUGAAGUUGGAUCAGUACCUGCUGACGCCACUCCCACAUGAGCUGGACCAGAACCCAGACGCCCGCCAGUACUCACGGCACUAUCUGGAUGGGAACUCCCUCAGUCUAGCUGACUGCAACCUGCUUCCCAAGCUCAACAUAGUCAAGGUGGUGUGUAAGAAGUACCGUGACUUUGAGAUCCCUGUGGCUCUGACUGGUCUGACCCGCUACCUGACCAAGGCCAACCAGCAGGACGAGUUCCGAUAUACCUGUCCCAAGGACUCCGAGAUCCUACUGGCCUACCACUCAGUGGCCAAAUACCUCAACAAGUAG